AUGAGAAUGUGGUCCAAUGAUGAUGUUUUAAGUUUAACCUUUAAUGAUUUACUAAUUAAUACUACGUUUCCAUAUGGAUGGUAUAUUAUUGAUCUAUGUCAAUGUAAUCAUAGAUUUAGUGGCCAGCUAAUUCUUGAUACAUAUUCAUGA